AUGCCUAUUUAUAAAGUUUUUCAUCUAGGUUACUACCAGACGGUACAAUGUGAUGCAAAUGGCUGCUUUUGUGUGGCUGCCCAUAAUGGCUUCAUUGCCUAUGACACUCGAACCGAUAGCAAUAGGAUCGCUCCAAAAUGCUCAAAUUGUCAUUACGCUUUAUCACUCUUAUUCGUCAAAGAUUGUCAUUACGCUUUAUCACUCUUAUUCGUCAAAGGUGAUCCACCCAAGAACACAACCAUACCGAAAUGUGACAUGUCUUUGGGAAACUACGAACCAUUGCAAUGUGAUUGGAAGCAGGAAUACUGCUAUUGCGUUGAUCCAAUUAAUGGUAUAGAGCUUCCGAACACAAGAAAACGGAAGGGGAAGAAUCAAUGGAUUAAAUGCGAUAAUAUGGAAUUCUCGCUUGACCCUGCUCAAUUCCCAACGAUAGAAGGAGAGCUACAAGACCGAUAUCCAGUAGCUAAAGAGAGCUGCAAAUUGGAUCGACAUCGUGGAACAACAUGUCGUGAUGCAAAACCUUCAAUUAGAUACUUCUUUGAUUAUCGAACAUUCGCCUGCUUAGCUUUCGAAUAUCUUGGUUGUGGUGGAAAUGAGAACAAUUACAAAAGUUCAGCGGAUUGCUCGUUUGGUUGCAAACUCCCAGCUCGUGGUGCAAACGGACAAACUAUGAUCUGUGGAGAACCGAUGAUGAAUUUGCCAUUCACACCAGGUUAG